AUGGAUUUAAUGUAUGAACCAGAUCUCCUAUUCUCCAUUGAUAUGGAUGAAUUAGGUGUCCGUCCACAGAAAUGGAUAGAUUUAAAUAAAGAUAUUGAUGCUUCAAUUAAUGAUUAUUUUGGAAAAGAAAAAACAAUUGAUUUUACAGCUUAUUCAGCAGAAUUACAAUUUUCAAAUAAUGGAAAAAAAUUAACAACUGAUGAGGAAGAUUCAGCUAUGUCAAGUGAUGAUUAUGAUAUAGAUCCUGAAACUGGCGAGAAAAUCUUUCGUCAAACAGCUUUGGUAUCAGAUACUACACUUUCGCCAUCAAACGAUAAAUGGAUCGAAGAAUAUUUAUCUAACAUUCAAUCGUCGUCAAAUCAAAUAUUACCAGCAACAACAACUAGUAGUAAUAGUGAAUUAUUACUUGAAAAUCUACCUCUUACAUUACUUGAAAAUACCGAUGAACAAAGUGAUUCAGAUUGGCUUUCAAGUAUAAUUAAUUUAGACGACACUAGUGAUAGUAUCAUGUUUACUGAUACAAUUUUAUCAAAUCAAUUUAUAAGUGAAAAUGAAUCCUAUCCAAUCUUAACCGCAGGUUCAUCAUCAAAUGAAAAUAGUAAUGAAUCUGUAUUAAUCAAUUCUUUGAAUGUUUCAAUCGAUGAUGAUUAUUCAAUGAAUAGCAAUAGUAAUAAUCGUCAGCAUCGAUUAUAUUCUUCAUUAACAAAUGAUAGUGAUAUAACAUUUAUUGAAACAAAACUAGAAAAAAUUGACCCAGAUGAUAGUUCAAUGUCACAUAUGAUGAUGGUACGUCGUUCAAGCGCACGUUCAAGUAAUCAAGGACAACAAGAUGAAGAUGCUCUACGUCAACAUAAUAUUCCAUUAACUUUAUAUGAUAUAUCUCAGUCAAGUACUGAAGAAUACAAUCUUCAUUUACUUCGUUUAAGUCAUUUAAGUUCAGAACAAAUGCAUAUCAUUAAAGAUAUUCGUCGUCGUGGAAAAAACAAAGUUGCUGCACAAAAUUGCCGAAAACGUAAAGCAAAUAGUGUUGACUCCUUAUUGGAUGAAGUUGACGAACUUAAACGUGUUAAAUAUGAAUUAGAAGAACAAAAACGAGUAUUUAAACAACAAAUUGAUGAAACACGUCGUCAAUAUGAAUAUCUUCAUCGUCAAGUUUUACCAGAUCGUCAAAUACCACCAGCAAUUAGUGUUAAUUAA